GAAGAACUCCAGCACCCGACAGAAAAACUUCGGACCCACCUUGACGGCAAGCGUAACUUCUGUAUUGCGGUUGAAGUGGGAGCUGCCUACCAGGAAACAGAGCGAGAUCAACACAACUUGUCGCAAAAAAAAACUAAUACGACGCCCUUAUUUUCCCUGAUUUUCCCUAAACAGAACGAGAAGGAGCUUAGAAAAUGGCGACGGCCACGCAGCCCAGCACUGCGAGUGCAAAUGCGGCGUUCAGGGACAAGGAGAAGCCGGUGGCCGUCAGGUCGGCAAACAUCGUCGCCGCCCGAGCUGUUGCCGACGCCAUCAGGACAUCGCUGGGGCCGCGGGGCAUGGACAAGAUGAUUCGGAGCGGCAAGGGCGAGACCAUAAUCACCAACGACGGUAGCACAAUGCUCAAGAGCAUGUCGGUGAUGCAUCCCACAGCAAAAAUGCUAGUACAGCUGUCAAACGCCCAGGAUGUCGAGGCCGGCGACGGCACCACCUCCGUUGUGGUCAUUUGCGGCAGUCUGCUCGGUGCUGCCGACCGGUUACUGUCCAAGGGCAUUCACCCUUCAGUUAUCUCCGAGUCAUUCCAGAGGGCCGCCGCCGCCGCCGUACAGGUCCUACACGACAUGUCACAACCGAUCGCCCUCACAGAUACUGCCGCCCUGCUGCAGGCAGCCAAUACCUCCCUCUCCUCCAAGAUCGUCUCCCAAUACGCGAACCUACUUGGACCCAUGGCCGUCAACGCCGUAACCAAGACGAUAGAUCUGAAGACAGCGGACAACGUCGACCUGAAAAACAUCCGUAUCGUGAAGAAGGUUGGCGGGACGAUAGAGGAUAGCGAGUUGGUGGACGGCUUGGUCUUGACACAGCCCGUCAUCAAGAGUGCAGGUGGGCCCAUAAGAAUGGAGAAAGCCAAGAUCGGCCUGAUUCAGUUCCAACUGAGCCCGCCAAAGCCAGACAUGGAAAACACCAUCUCCGUAAACGACUACAGACAAAUGGACAAGAUCGUCAAGGAAGAGCGCAUGUACCUCCUCAACAUGGUCAAAAAGAUCAAGAAGGCUAAGUGCAACGUUCUCCUCAUCCAAAAGUCGAUCCUCCGCGACGCCGUCAACGACCUGUCACUGCACUUCCUCCAACGGCUAGGCAUCCUCGCCGUCAAGGACAUUGAGCGCGACGAGGUCGAGUUCAUCUGCAAAUCCACCGGCUGCAAGCCCAUCGCCGACAUUGACAGCUUCACCGAGGACAAGCUGGGCUCGGCCGACCUCGUCGAGGAGGUCCAGAGCUCGGGCAGCCGCAUGGUCAAGGUGACGGGGACCAAGUCGGCGGGCAAGACUGUGUCAGUCGUGGUACGCGGCGCCAACAGCCUGAUCCUGGACGAGGCGGAGCGGUCGCUGCACGACGCCCUGUGCGUGGUGCGCUGCCUGGUCAAGAAGAAGGCGCUUAUUGCGGGCGGCGGCGCCCCCGAGAUUGAGAUUGCCGCCCAGCUCAGCAAGCAGGCGCGCGAGCUGACGGGCACCGAGGCCAUCUGCUGGAAGGCCUUUGCCGACGCCAUGGAGGUGGUGCCCACCACGCUGGCCGAGAACGCCGGGCUCAACAGCAUCAAGGUGGUUACGGCGCUCCGCCACCGCCACGAGAUGGGCGAGAAGAACGCCGGCGUCAGCAUCAAGAGCGGCGGCGUCAACUCAAACAUUGCAAAGGAGAACGUGCUCCAGCCGCUGCUCGUCAGCACGAGCGCCAUUGAGCUCGCUGCGGAGACGGUCAAGAUGAUUCUGCGUAUCGACGAUAUCGCGCUGAGCAGGUGAAAACACUGGGAGAGGGUGCAGGAGGAGUUGACAUAGAGAAUAUAAGGCCUGGAAAUACCAGAAUUAGGCCAACCAUACAUGGCUUGGUCAUUGAAAUGAAGUGAAACACAUCGUGGGAGGGAGCCGGUACUGUUGUCCAUCUUGUCUAAUCGAGGUAGACAAGAGUUGACCGAAUUGUGGUUAGCUUGCUUGAUACGUACUGGUAUCGGCUGCCAGAGCUGACUUGAUCAAGUUCCAUUUCCCUUUCCCAGACUGGUGAGACCAUGUCACAGAGGUACAGCGCUAGGCAAAGCAGGGGCCGCAAGUGUCAAGCACACACACCCGAGAUAUGUGAAAGGGCAGAAACAAGGAGGGAAAAGGACUACUCAUUGGCAGUUCUUGCUAUUGAUCUACCCCCCGAAUCAGAAUCCCAUCAAUCGACCGCAUGUAAAAUUUGUACAAAAUGUGAAC